AUGUAUGUUGUUGGUUGUGGUGGCUUGAUGAUAUGCUUUUCUCUACGUGGUUUAAAUUUUCAACUUAUUUGUGAUUCUGGUGGUGGUUUUGGUGACUUUGAAGGUAGUUGGCCUGCUUUCAUGGUGGCUGUUGCAGCCAACUGGAAAAUACACCUGAAACAUCUUAUUUCUCAUUGGAAAAGUGCUUUUAGCAGAGUUAACAUUAUCGUGUUUCCAGAUUUUAGUAUGCCGAUAGAUCUUAUGUUGUAUAGUGUACUUGACACUGGAAACUUCUUUGUCAUUCCUGGAUCACCAAUAGAAGUUUGGGUUAUGGAAAGUUACAGAAAAACCUACUCCAAGAAUCAGUUGAUGAAGAGCAAUGAGUUUAGUGAAGGUGAUAUGCUGGUUGUAGUUGUUGGAAGUUCUUUUUUCUACGAUGAGCUUUCAUGGGACUAUGAUGUGGCGAUGCAUUCUAUAGGACCACUGCUAAUAAAAUAUUCAAGGAGGGAUGAUGCAGGAAGGUUGUUCAAAUUUGUUUUCUUAUGUGGUAAUUCCUCUGAUGGAUAUGCUAAUGCUGUUUAGGAAGCUGCUUCACAUCUGGGACUUCUUCAAGGAUCUGUGCGACAUUAUGGCUUGAAUGGUGAUGUCAACAGUGUGUUAUUAAUGGCUGACAUUGUUCUUUACGGUUCUACACAAGAUGUUUUUCCGCCAUUGCUUAUUCGUGCCAUGACCUUUGGGAUCCCAGUUAUUGUGCCUGAUUGUAUCUUGAAGGAAUAUGUGGUUGAUGGAGUUCACAUGAUAUUGUUCCGAAAGCAUAAUCCUGAUGCUUUAAUGAGCUUCUCGCUUAUGAUUUCAAAUGAGAAACUUUCAAAAUUUGCUUGAACGGUUGCUUCUUCUGGAAGACUGCUUGUUAUGAACUUGUUGGCAUCAGAAUGUAUCACUGGUUAUGCAAGGCUUAUGGAGAAUGUGUUAAAUUUUCCAUCAGAUGCUCUGCUGCUAGGGGCCAUCUCUCAGCUUCAACAGGGUACAUGGGAAUGAAAUUUGUUUGGGAAUGAAAUAGAUUAUAGAAGAGGAAAUAUUCUGAACAUUGACGAGCAGUCAUCCUGGAAUAACACUUGUAUCGUUAAUGCCCUAGAAGAAGACUUGUUGGGUUUUGGUUACUCACCAAAAAUCUCUGAUAAUAUAACUUGGGAUUCAUCAUUAGAUAUUCCAACUCAAUUAGAUUGGGAUAUCUUGAAGGAAUUUGAAAGCUCUGAAGUAUAUGAGACGUUAGAAAUGGAGGAGCUAUCAGAAAGAAUGGAGAAAGAUCCUGGUUUUUGGGGCAUAUAUCGUAAGGCCCGAAAAGCUGAAAAGCUUAGAUUUGAGGCAAAUGAUAGGGAUGAGGGUGAAUUUGAGAGGAUAGGCUAGACAAUAUGCAUUUAUGAGAUAUACAGUGGGUUUAGAACCUGGCCAUUCUUGCACCACGGCACUCUGUACCGUGGAUUGAGCCUCUCAAAAGGAGCACGGAGGUUAACAUCAAAUGAUGUCGAUUCUGUUGACCGGUUUCCGUUGAAUGAAACUUACUAUCGCAACAUUCUUGGUGAGAUUGGUGGAAUGUUUGCUAUUGCAAACAAGGUUGACAGAGUUCAUCAGCGACCUUGGAUUGGGUUUCAAACUUGGCGUGCAACUGGUAGGAAGGUGACUUUGUCCAAGAAAGCUGAAGGAGUUUUGGAAGAAGCAAUACAAGACAACACAAAAGGUAAAGUAAUAUACUUUUGGGGAUGCUUGAACAUUAAUGGUGGGGUGACAGGAAAUGAAGAUGCACUCACAUUUUGGUCCGUAUGUGACAUCUUGAAUGAGGGACAUUGUUGAUACUUAAAUGUUUUUGAAGAUGCAUUUCACUGGAUGUAUACCUUGCCAUCUAAUACAGAAGCUCUCCUUCCCGUGCCAUAAGAUGGUGGUCACUGAUCUGCCUUGCAUAGUUGGGUGAUGCCAACUCGCUCAUUCCUUGAGUUUAUCAUGUUUUCUAGCUACAUGAUAUUUGUUGAUUCUUUGGAUGCAUUGCACACCAAUUCUGGCAAUAUAAAUAUGUGUCUGUUGGGUUCCUCAGAACUUGAGAGAAAGCAUUGUUACUAUCGGGUAUUAGAAGUCUUUGUUAAUGUCUGGGCUUAUCAUAGUGGACGAAAGAUGGUUUUAAUAGAUCCAGUGUCUGGUUCACUGGAAGAGCAGCACCCAGUUGAGCUACGGAAAGGAUUUAUGUGGGCCAAGUAUUUUGAUAGUACAUUGCUAAAGAGUAUGGAUGAGGAUUUAGCAGAAGCUGCAGAUGACGGUGAUCAUCCAAGGGAGAUGUGGCUGUGGCCACUCACCGGGGAAGUGCAUUGGGAAUGAAUUUAUGAAGAGGAGAUGGAAGAGAGAUAUAGGCUAAAGAUGGACAAGAAAAGGAAAAUAAAAGAAAAAUUACUCGAAAGAAUGAGGCAUGGAUACAAACAAAAGACACUUGGAGGAUAUAAAGGUUAUAGUUUUAGUUGA